AGCAGCAACGGUGCGGCCCGUCUUGCCGACCCGCUAUGCUGCCGCUGCACGCUGAUUGGCUCAGCCGGCUGCCAGUCCCUCCAGCCCUGUGCUCGGAGCGGCUUCUCGCGUUCUCCUCGGAAGUAACCCCGCCCUCUGAUAACCGUUGCUGGGCUCCUCCUCGCCCGCCCCGUCACCUAGCAGCCGCCGUCCCUGCUAGGCUGGUGAUUGGUUCGUCGUCCCGUCACUUACACUCUUGCCGACCGGGGGCUGGUCGUCUGCUGAUAAGAAAAUUAAUUGCAGAAAAACUGCGGAUACCUUGGAAUGAAAUACACUUGCAAAGGACAUCAAAAGGAAAACCCUUCCUGGUGAAUGACAUACUCGGUAUCCAUUCCAAUUUCAAUUUUAAUGUCUCUCAUCAAGGGGAUUAUGCAGUUCUUGCAGCUGAGCCUGAGCUUCAAGUUGGCAUCGAUAUAAUGAAGACUAAUUUGCCAGGUAGUGGUUCAAUUCCGGAUUUCUUUCGCAUUAUGAAACGACAGUUUACAGAGGCAGAGUGGAGCGUAAUCAAGUCCAUGAAUAAUGAAUGGAUUCAGCUAGAUAUGUUUUAUAGGCACUGGGCACUAAAGGAAAGCUUUAUAAAGGCCAUUGGGAUUGGAAUAGGCUUUAACCUGCAAAGGAUUGAAUUUAAUGUCUCCCCAUUGCAGCUGGAAGUAGGGAAGGUUUACAAGGAGACAAAAAUGUUGUUGGAUGGAGACAAGGAAGAAGGGUGGACUUUUGAGGAAACCCGGUUGGAUGAUCUCCAUCAUGUUGCAGUAGCUCUGGGGAAACCAGAAGUAUUUGUACAGAAGGAUUCUAACGUUCUUUCUAAAGACCUGACCCAGCCACAAUUCCAGGUAUUGACUUUUAAUGAUUUAGUUGCUGCCGGUGUUCCUAUAGCACCUGAAGACCCUGCAUACUGGGAUAACUUUUGUUCCAAGCAGGAAUGCCCAGCACGCCAGAGUACUCAUUCAAGAUAACUGUGUUUCCAAGAAAAGAAGCUGAAAUCUUUCAAAGACCACUCAUUGUUCCUUUGCAAAGCUUAAUUUGAGUGUGUAUACAUUUCUCCUUUUAGACCAAUAUUCGGUUUUCCAGCCUCACAAAGCUGCCACCUUUUACCCUCUUUCCCCUAUGCUGAGAUCAUUUCAGGCUAAAGAAACUGUGAAAUAAAAGAUGUAAAUUGAUCCUGCACCUUCUUUUCAUUGUAUAAUUUGCAUCUACCUCUGUGAUUCUCUUAUCUCCAUGAUUACCCCCUGCCAAUAGCAGUGAACAGAGCUACAUUAAUGCGGCUCUUGAUGAGCAACAAGUGUUUAAUAUUUAAAGAAAAUAUGUUUUUCAUGCUUAAUUUCUGCUGAUGUUUAAAUGGUAUUAUUGCCUUUUUCUCAUGAAAUCAUAAUUUUAUUCUAAAGUGGCUGGGCAAAGCCAAAGUAAAACAGUUGGUUAAUGAUGAUGGCACUAUUACUUCAUAGCAAAAGUUCUAUGUGAAAUUACCAAACUUAUUUGUCACCACUGUAAGUGCUGUUAAUGGAUCUACAGCUGUGUAAAACCAGUUUGAGAGUGUUCUAAGUCCUGGGCUUUUGGUGAGGUAUGUCCUCACACAGUCAGCCUCCUCCUCACAAUUGUCUGUACUGAUUCUCUCCGCUAAUAGUGUGCAGGUUUUCUGCCUCUCCUUUAGAUAUCUGAGUCCUCUGAAGUGGUAGUUCUGCUUUUCUGGACCCACAUUUGCAUUUCUGUUCUCUUUAUUUCUGGGGACCCCUAUUUUGUAAAUAUAUAAGCACUGUCUGCCCUUCUCCAGGGAGGGCCGCAGAGUGGAGCUGGGGAAUGUAGAGUAUUGCAUUGUCAUGUAGACUUCAGAGAGACUUGGGAGAGAGCAAUAGGUGCUAAAAGACAAUUUUAGACUCUUUGUCUUGUCCUUUUCAGACAUUAAUUUUGCCCAUUGUGUAUCCUCCUUUUUAAUCUAGGAAGUGUGGAUACUUGAGAUCAUUUGAAAGGUGCAGGGAAUGGAUACUGACCAGAAUCAUUACCUCUGAAUAAAAGGCUCAAUUCUCUUCCCAGUGUAGUCAAACAAAAUUCAUGUUGACUUCAGUGAGAGUAGGAUUGUGCCCAAAUUGGCUGUUGCACUGCAUUCUGAUUGGGUGAAAGCCUGCUUGUAUUAUAACCAUUAAACUUGCACCUCUGAUGUUAAAUAGGAUUUGAGGCAGGAAGGAAAUGGGUUUUAUGGCCUUACAGAAGCCCCCAUGCUGCUGAUACAGAUAAUCACUUUCUCACACUCAAAUAAUGCCUAUUAAAAUUAUCCUUUUGCCUGCUUUUACAGCACACUUUUAAAACUGAGCCAUUAAUUAAUAAAUAAUUACAUAAUUCUCUCUCAAUCAUUACAGCUUUACCCUGUAGGUAGGAGUGAAUCUUAAAAUUAAGAAUUUGUAGUACUAAAAGUAUGACGACUAUUGGAUCUUGGGUUAGGAUUCCCCCGGGGGUCAAGGUAAUUCUGUUUAAAGUCAAGGGAAAUUUCUUAAUGGAGAAAACCAGCAUUAUGUCCAUUGUCGACUGCUGAUUGUCAAAUUUUAUUUUAUUUGCUAAAAUAAUAGCCGUCAUAAGAAUUUGCUGAUGGAUGUUUUUCUCCAGACUACAAUAGAUGUUUAAAAAUAAUCUUGUUUAUUAGUUAUUGGUCUUAAUUGUCCCUGCUGCUGGUGUUUCAGACCAAACUGAGAAUCCAGUGCUUUUUAGCAGACCGCACUGCAAACACUAAGCCCCAUUGGCAAGUGCAUAAUAAAUUUUAUCAUCUGCAGUGAAAUAAUUCUCAGUGUUGUAUGUGAUCACAUUUAGGCAUGGGAAUCCUGAUAAAUAUGGCAAAUAACCCCUCUUUUGGCUGGCUAAUGACUAAUAAGGUUAUAUCUGUAACAAGAAAGUUUAGAAACUUAAGGGUUGGUUCUCCCCCAAACUCUCCCACCUCCAAAAAAAAGUAUUGAUCCUGAAAGACCAGGGAGAAUCACUAGGAAGGCUGCAAAUCCUCACAAUAUACAGAUUUCCUUUACAUUUGGAUUUCUGUUGCUGUGAGUAAAAAACCAAGAUGAAUCUAACUUUUGCAAAUUUUAUCAAGCAAUAAUGGUAAGAGAUAAUGUUGGCUUGUGGAAACUAAAAUGAGUCCUAUGUAUCUACAAUUUCAGAUCUUGGCAGUAUUGAUAGAAUUAUUUUACAUUCACAUGCACAGAAAAGGAGCAGUCAUAAGGGUAUAAGAGUUUCACAUGUCUAUACACUAAGAUCUUCUGAUACCCUGGGAAUGUGAACAGUUAUUCUCACAAUCAUAAGAAUUGUUUUCUGAGCAUAUACUACUGCUGUAAAUAAUUUAUUUAGAAAAUAAACUGAAUCUUCUCUUUAAGCAGUUAUGCAUGUGGAGCACACAUGAAAAUCAACAUUAUGGUUAUGUAUAGAAGAGAUAGUGUAAUUGAAUAUCCAAGGUGAAAUCAUUAAUAUUACUGUAAAUGAUCUAUCUAUUUAAUGCUUUAGGGCCAGAUUUUUAACUUUGUUCUUUACAGAAAUAGCCUGGUACAAAUUGUGAUAAAUGUGUUUAACUUUGGCAUAUGUCUGUGGUUUUAAAGUUUAUUGCGUCUUAUGUAAAGAUUAUAGUUUAGUGACAGAAAUACUUUGAGGACACUUUGCAUCUAUGUGAAAAGAGAGUUAUGUUGCUAUUUGACAUGAGUAUAUGGCUGUAGGAAGUAGGUCAUAUGACUCAAUCAGGCUUACACUAUCGUGCAAGAUUUAUCUUAUUACUAUAUUACAGAAGCACAUGGGCUGAAUGAACACGUUAGCUAAAGCUGACCUUGGUGUUCAGUUUUUCCAAAAAAAAAGGUGUAAAGCACUGGUAUGUUCACAGCUAACCACAUUAACUAACAAAUCAACAUACA